AUGUAUUCUUCAAGUUCAUCUAAUUUUUCUUUAAUUACAACAUAUAUAUCUUAUUUACUACUCAUAUUUAUUGGAUAUAUUAACGAUUUAGCUAAUAAACUAUUUAGAUAUAAAAAAUGCAACGAAAUUCCUAUUUUAAGCGAUCUACAAUCUUUUUAUUGUAGAAAUUGUGAGAAAAGAAUUCUUGAUUGUGUAAACUUUCCAAUAAAAGGAAAACCAGGACGUUUAAUUAAUGUAGUAGAGCGUAAAGUAUUUAAAAGAUCCGAAGAAUUGCAACUUACAGGAAAAAUAAUGCCUUUAAUUAAUUUUGGAUCUUAUAACUAUCUGGGUUUUGGUGUAACAUCACCCAAACUUUUAAAAAAACUGCACCAGGCAAUAGAUAAUAAUCCUAUAAAUAUAGCCGCAUGCCCAAGAGAUAUUGGUAGACACAAACUUUUGAGAAAAUUGGAGAAAUCAAUGGCUGAUUUUUUACAUAAAGAAGCUUGUAUUGUAUUUCCUAUGGGAUAUGGCACCAAUACUUCAAAUAUACCUUGUUUAUUAAACGAAGGUACGCUUGUGUACAGCGAUAUUUUAAAUCAUGCGUCUAUUAUUACUGGUUUGAAAAUGGGAAAAGCCACUGUUAAAACAUUCAAACACAACGAUAUGGAAGAUUUAGAGAAAAGGCUUGUAUAUGAUAUAUCACAAGGACAACCUAUUACCCAUAGAUCAUGGAGAAAAAUAAUCGUAAUCGUAGAAGGAAUAUAUUCAAUGGAAGGUACGAUAUUAAAACUGCCAGAAUUGGUAGCUCUGAAAAAAAAAUAUAAAUUUUACAUUUUUAUUGAUGAAGCACAUUCAAUAGGUGCAUUAGGAAAAACAGGUAGAGGUGUUUGUGAGCACCAUAAUGUAGACUUUGGUGAUGUAGAUAUUUUAAUGGGAACUUUUACAAAAAGUUUUGCAGGAAUGGGCGGGUAUAUAGCCGCGUCUAAGAAAAUCGUUGAUCAUUUCAGAAUUUAUAGCGAUUUUACGCGUUUUGGCGAACAAAUGACGCCUGUUGUUGCAACACAAAUACUAGAAUGUUUAAAAAUUAUUAAAGAUACUAAAAUAGGAACCAAUAAACUAAAAAGACUUCAUCGGAAUGUUAAUCUUAUGAGAAAUGGACUCAAUAAAAUAGGGUUAUUUGUAUUGGGGGAUGAUUCAUCUCCAGUAAUUCCAAUAAUAAUUUCUCAUCCUGCCAAACUUUGCGAAUUAUCAAGAUUAUGUCGCGAAGAAGGUAUUGGUGUUGUUAUAGUUGGUUAUCCUGGCGCACCAAUUUUAUAUGGGCGAGUAAGGUUAUGUAUGUCAAGUUCACAUAGUAAAAAGGAUAUUGAAAGAACUCUAGAUGUUUUAGAAAAGGCAAGUAAACUCUUAGGCUUUCGUGUAAAUAAUAAAUAG